CGGAAGUGGUGAGCGUGGUCUUUUCGUGUUGUUGUUGUGGAGUUUAUGGCGUCAAAGAAGUUUAUGGUGACCGCCCGAACAUGGACUGCGGCCGAGGGAUGUUUUGCCCGUUUUGUGGCAAACACAUGAACAGCUUAACGCGGUUUUGCUUUACGUGUGGUCGGUGUUUUGAGUUUUUAAAGGACGCGGACCAGACGGAAACACCAGACAUACUGCAUCAUUGCGUUCAAUAUUUUAACGAGGGUCACUCGUACGCUGUAAUCGUGGACAUGAUGUCAAGUCUACACGGUGUAAACAUCAGCUUGAGGACUCUUAAAAGUAAACUGAACGAAGCCGGGUUGUACCGCAGAAAGGAUUAUUCCUCGCCAAACGCCGUGAGUAACGCCAUCAGAUUUGAACUUCGUGGACCUGGACAACUAUUUGGUUACCGCACGAUGUGGCAAGUACUUAAACAAAAGUACAAUCUUCGAGUGAAGAGAGAUGAUGUGAUGAAUUUGCUCCGGGAGCUUAAUCCUCGAGGGUGUGAGAGCAGAGCACGCAGAAGGUUUACAAGAAGAACCUACCACUCAAUGGGACCUAACUAUAUGUGACACGCAGAUGGUUAUGACAAACUUAAGCCAUUCGGUUUGGCCAUUUCGGGAUGCAUAGAUGGAUUUUCACGUAAAGUAUUGUGGCUUCAAUGUGGACCAACAAAUAAUAACCCAACAGUGAUUGCUCACUAUUUCAUGUCAUGUGUGCGAAACCUCGGUGUCAUCCCCAUGAGACUGAGGACUGAUUGUGGCACUGAGAACGGCAUAAUGGCUGCAAUUCAAUGUACCCUACGCCACCAUCACAGUGACUACUACUCUGGAGCGUCCAGCCACAUGUACGGCUCAUCUAUAAAUAACCAGCGUAUUGAGUCCUGGUGGUCUAUAUUUAGAAAGGGAAGGUCUCAGUUCUGGAUGGAGUUAUUUGCCGACCUUAGAGAUGCCGGAUACUUCAACGGGAGUCAUGAGCAUCAAUGCCUAUUGAGAUAUUGCUUUGGUGAUGUUAUUCAGAAGGACUUGGAUGAGUGUGUGAGACUGUGGAACAGCCACAGGAUUCGCCCUUCCAGAACAGCAGCAUGUCCAGGAGGAAUGCCCAAUGAACUCUACUACUUACCACACAGGUUUGGCUCCAGAGACUGCGGAUUUCAAAGUGAACAAGCUGAACUGGAUGCCCUUCCUGAGGCUAGCCUGUCAAUGACUCCUUGUGGGGACCCAAACAUGCAGGAGUACUUGGACUUUGCCAUGGAACACAAUCAGUUACAGAAGCCAGACAACUGGGAGUCUGCAUCCGAACUGUACAUGAAACUAAAAGAAAUGGCUCAGCUAUGAAAUGAUCAAAAAGGGAGGGUUUUUUGUAGUGGUGGAAUACUGCUGUCUGUCUGAACACAAUAUUUAUGAAUCUGUCACCCAAAGCUUAAUUGUUUUUAAGUGUGAAGUAAAUUAAUCAAAAAUAGUAA